AUGCAAGCUAUAAAAUGUGUCGUGGUUGGUGAUGGAGCUGUUGGUAAGACAUGUUUAUUGAUCAGUUACACCACAAAUGCCUUUCCUGGUGAAUAUAUUCCAACUGUCUUUGACAACUAUUCUGCGAAUGUGAUGGUAGAUGGUCGACCAAUCAACUUAGGUUUGUGGGACACAGCUGGCCAGGAAGAUUACGAUAGACUCAGACCACUUUCCUAUCCUCAGACAGAUGUCUUCCUGAUCUGUUUUUCAUUAAUUAGUCCAGCAUCAUUUGAAAAUGUCAGAGCUAAGUGGUUUCCUGAAGUGAGCCACCACUGUUCACAAACACCAAUUGUGCUAGUGGGCACAAAAUUGGAUCUGCGUGAGGACAAGGAAACUAUUGACAAGUUGAAGGAUAAAAAGUUAUCACCGAUCACUUACCCACAGGGUCUUGCAAUGGCAAAGGAGAUUGGAGCUGUGAAGUACCUGGAAUGUUCGGCAUUGACUCAAAAAGGAUUGAAAGCUGUUUUUGAUGAGGCAAUACGCGCUGUUCUCAUUCCAAAACCAAAACCAAAAAAGAAAGCAUGUAGCAUUUUGUAA